AAAAAGUGCGCCCUGUAUUUCAUUGCCGGUAAUGCCAACGGAAAAAACCCUAAUUAUAACCAAUACAUGUUUUGGGUUAUAAACUGAACUUCUAAUUUUUGUGUUUUGACUAAAUGAACCUUAUAAUACCUUCAGCACGAUGGGUACUGAAAUAUUAAAAUCUUUCGGCGUCUUACAAUCAGAAUUAGAGCAAGCUAAAAGUAGUCUAAAAGGCGUAGAUGAAAAUAUAAAACGUCUAAUAGGAAGAGACCCUUCUGAGAUAAUCCCUCGACCUGGAAUUAAAAGGAAUUUACCUAUUGAGGAAAGCAACAGGGGGAGACCACGCAUUAUAUCGUUAAACCGCGCGAGGAACUUCAACCAUGAAAAUGACGAGCCGCUCAAUAAACGAAGGCAGUCAGUUUUUAAGAGGUUAUCGGAAAGACCCCCACAUUACGAAGACGAAAUUCUGCAACAGCCACAAAAACAGUUGAUUAGCAAAGUUAUAGUAACACCACGUGAGGUUCCCAGUCGACAGGAUGCCUUAGCAGCCCAAAGCACCGAUGAGAAAUCCAAAGCGAGAAACCGUAGGAUGUUCGGUGCUCUCUUGGGUACUUUGCAAAAGUUUCAACAGGAAGAAACUAAGCUAAAAUCAAAGGAACAAAAAAGAGCACAAGUAGAGAAAAAGAUUGAGGAACACGAAAUAAGAGAGAAAGCGGAAAUAAAGAAAGAACGACAGGAGUUAUUUUUCAACAGAAAGAGAAAACAAGCCGAAAUUAAGGUGAUCGAGUUAAAAAUGACACGCAUGCGCGAAUAUGCGGUGUGGGAAGAGCGGCAGAAACCCAGGAAAAAUUUUAUUCUCACAAAGGCGAAGCCUCACAUUUACUACUUGCCUAGGCGGGUAAAUGAAGCAACUAAGACCCUUUUAGAAAAAAGCAAAGUCGAUGUUGAGAAAAUUAUCGAGAAACGUCGGUCGGAGAUUUCUACAGAAUUACAACAUAUAGAAGACCGAAUGAGGAGAAACUUUGAACAGAAACGAAUUAGUAAAGAAGUUGCACAUGAAAAUGAAGAGGGUGAACCUGACUCCGAUCAAAAAGACGUUAAUGCUGAUGACGAAAAUGAUUCACAAAUUGAAGGUGUGGUGAAUGAAAGCUCAAACAUUUCUGAGAACGGUGUAUUGGAGGAGUCUGCGGAAAAUGCGGAUCUGAUUACAGAUCAUGAGAACAUGGUUGAUAGUGUUAGUACAUUGCCAGCUGAUGUAAACGACGAGACCACUGUAAAUAGUAUGGAAACGGAGGAAAUAAAUAACGACGAUUCUAAAAUGGAGGAGCAAAAGCCAGUUGAAACCGAGGAUCAGUCGUUUAACGGGGAGAAUAGUUCAAAAGGUGACAGUGAUUGAGUGGGUAUAUAUCUGGACAUCGAUUUUUAGUUAAGAUUUAAUAUUGUUAAUGUGUGAAAUAAAAAGAACUAUGGAUAAAUGUAAAUACUGAAAUACAGAAACUGCUAGAAAACCUUUUUCCAGAUUUUGCUAAUGUAAGCAAAUUUGCUGUUUAUUGUAUAUAUAUUUAUAAUUAGUAUUCACUUAUCUUGUUAAGUGCGAAUGUGGCUGAUUUUUUAAAAAAUAUAUUAAAUAUGGAGCAAAUGUA